AUGGGAGACUUCGAUUCCAAUCCAACACUACUAAUCGAUCGGAAUCCCAUCCAGCCGCCACUUCCUGAAGGAAGAAGCUAUGAGAUUUCACCGGAGAUCAUUGGAGGUGCACCCAAGGAGUACUUAAAGUGCAAACUAUUCUCUUUCACUUUGACAGGGAAGGCUUUGCGCUGGGUUAAGUCUCUUCCAGCUCAAUCCAUAACCACAUGGAAAGAGUACAAGGUGGCAUUCCUAGGUCACUUUUUCACAAAGCAAAGAGCAAACUUGUUGAGAGAGAAGAUCUCUAGUUUCCAACAAGGGCCGGUGGAGCCUUUUCAUGAAGCAUUGGAGCGCUUCAAGGACUAUACAAGAGAAUGUCCUAAUCAUGGACUAUCUGAUGGCAGUCUAUGGAACAUUUUCUACAGAGGAAUAAGUGGGAAGUGUCGAUUUUCUCUUGAUACAGCCAGCAAUGGAAAUUUCAUGACCAAGACAGUUACUGAAGCAAAGAUUUUGAUUGAAAAUCUAGCCUCAAGCGACAGUGACAACUUCAUUGGGCAUGAGAGAGCAGUGAAGGCCAUAAAUUCUGAUCCAUACAGAGAUGGAUACAGCGAAAUCAAAGCCAUGAUGGCUGAGAUACUGAGAAACCAAGGAAGAGAAGUGGAGAGACAAAGAGAAGCUUAUAGAGUUGAAUCCACAAUAAUUCAAGAUUACUUUGGAGAUUUGAUUCCAAGUUUCAAGAAGAAGUAA